UCAAUCAGUUGGACCGGCCACCACAUCCCCAGCGCUUGAAGCCCCUUGACUGUGUCUGAUCGGAUCGUCUGGAUUUCUAAAAAUAAACCAUCUCCUGUGUCAAUUUGCUGUGGCCGGUGUCGUGACAGGAACGCGGUAUCGAAUCGAUUCAAUCCGGCGACAUGAGUGUCACCGGCGGUCAUCAUGGCAGACCGGACGACGAAUUGUUCCUGAGUAGCUCCUCGGGCCCUGGGACUCCCCGUGUUGAGCCUCUACGCAUCAGCAAGAGAGGUGAUUCUUCGUCUCCAAGCUCAGCAGCAGCUCAGCAGCCUGGUGCGACGACCUCGUACUCGUCUAGCCCCCUCCCGUACCCUGACGAUCGACCACAGCCGCAGCAGAUGCGUCCAAGCAGCUCCAGUCCGCAGUUACCAUACCCGGACGGUGGACGAGCUGGCACUCCUCAUUCUUCAGAAGUCAGGCCGGCGAAUUACCCAGUGGCUCUGCGGCCGCACGAUGGACGGGAGUCCAAAACGCCUACAUUGGCGGAAAGACGGGGAACCGUGCCAAAACCAUUGCCAGACUCCCCAGGACCUGAUAUUCCCGAGAAAGAGGACUUAUUCCAGAGAAACCCGCAGCGGGCGCCGGUCGCCCCGGGCAGUGGCGCACAACCAGAUGUAAACGCAUAUCCGGCUUAUACUCAGCACUACUUCCCGCCUCCUGGAGCGUCUGGAAAUGCUCAGGGAGGUCUGCGUCCCACCAAUCCUAGCUCUAUCAAUAGACUCGGUUCAACAGCGUCAAUUUCGACGACACGCGCACAGCGUGGUUCUCCGCCCCCGCCGGAGACGCCAGUUGUCGGACCGGAGCAGCAGCCCGGAAACGAUAUCGAAGCACGUUAUGCAGCUGCUGGGAUCGCUGGUACCUCGACUCUGACAAGUCUUCAAGCUCACAAUGCGGCUGCACAGAGACGAGCUGAACAGUAUGCAGGCCAGCAGCAGAGGAUGCCGCAGGCGGUUCAGCGGCCAUGGACUCCUACUGAGCUGCCGGGCAGUCAACCCCAUGGUCCUCCGACAGUUUAUCAAGGCCCCAGCCAAGUGAUCUCUCCUCACACCGUCUCUUCACCUCCUCCAGUCUCUCAGCCUACUCAUCCAGUCCAAAAUGGAGGAAGCUCGCAGCCAAGUAGGGUUCCUCCAAAUGCCCUGGAACAGGACUUCCAGAGGAUGAGUAUCAGCCAUUCGCCUCCGCCUGCUUACUCUAGUGUAUCUGGUGCAAAUGCAACUCAGGCAUAUCCAAACGACAAACAGAGGCCAGAGUCAGUGCAACCGGCACAGCCUGUAGGGCAUCCUGCCUUGGCGUCUCCGGGACCUUCGGCCGCUGCAUCCACGCCGGCGCCCUCUACGCUGAGCCAUCCUGCAUAUGCCAAUGAUCCAAGACAGCAACAACCUGCAACAUCACCUCAGCAGCAGAACGUCCAGAAUGGACAACACGGGGUGCAGCAGACUCAAGCCAAUGCGUCACCAGCGCCAUCAGGAAUUCCACCUGCAUCGCCGCCUCCGUUGCCAGAAGGUUGGAUCGCGCAUCUGGAUCAAAACUCUGGACAGUACUAUUACAUCCAUCUUCCGACGCAGUCUACUCAAUGGGAGUUCCCUAAGGGACCGACGCCCCUGAACUUGAACGACGCACCGCUGUCACCGGUUGGCAGUGUGUACGGUGGCCAUGCGUUGACGUCUCCCGGCUUGUCAACGUUCGGCGGGAAGCCGCUGGCUUCACCGGGUAUGCCGUUAACUCCUGGCUACGAAGCCAGUGUUAUGAGCUUGAAUUCGCCAGCUGGCGGUUUCACAGGGCCGCCACCGACGAGUGGCGUCGAUUUGUACCGAAUUGCUCCGACGAAUGGUGUUUACUUUGGUCCAUAUCUUCGAUACACCAACAUGGAUCUGGAGCGAGGUCUCUGGCUGGGUUCCAUUCUUCUGGUCACUGAUGCCCCUCAGCCUCCUACCAUCCAUAUCCACCAAAGUGUUGAUCUCUCGCCUAACCCGCGGCAGCUGAAACCAGCUAAAAUCGCCGUUCACCAGCGAUGGGCCUUCUACAAGUACGAAGUCGACCUGAAGAUGGAAGAGACUGGACCGGCAAAAUGGACUUAUGCCGUGACCUCCCACCUUGGUUGCACUCGGUACGAAUUCUUGGUCGCAGGACGUCAUGAGACGAAUUGGCGGUUCAUUGCAACUUCUGGGAAUGACUUUGGGCUUCAUGUUAAUGCAAACGAAAGAUCUCGCCUUGGUGGCAUCAGCUUCAUGUGGAAGGAUAUCAUGCAGAAGCAUGCGGAAAUUGGGGGAUUCCACGCGCAACUAGGCCUGGGUGGUCAGGUCUUCGCAGACAGGAUAUGGAAGGAAUUGCCCUGUCUCAAGCAGUGGCUCGCAAUGAGGGGUAAGGAAGCUAGAAAAAAUGCGCCCUGGACCGCUGCCCACGAGGAAGAUGUCUCACACGCCUACUUCCACUACUAUACCAGCCACUUUGAUCAACCAUAUUUGAGGGAAGCCUUUGCACAGAUUCCUCAUAUUCUGCAGAUUGACGAUCACGACAUAUUCGAUGGCUUCGGGUCAUACCCGGAAUACAUGCAAUUUUCAAACAUGUUCAAGAACAUCGGACGGAUCUCCAUUGAGAUGUACCUCCUCUUCCAGCAUCACACGACGCUUGAGAUUCUGCGCAAUGCCAGUGACGAUACUGAUCUCUUCACCAUAACGGGGACUGGCUGGCAUUUCAUCAAGUAUCUUGGCCCAGCAGUCGUCGUUGUCGGUCCGGAUUGUCGGUCUGAAAGAAACCCGCAUCAGGUCCUGGCAGGACCAACUUACCAGGGGCUGUUCCCGAAGGUAGCGACGCUUCCGGCAAGUGUGCAGCACUGUAUCUGGAUGAUUCCCGUACCUCUCAUCUAUCCUAGACUCGAGACUGUUGAGCAAGUCGCUCACACCUUUGCUACCGGAAAGAAGGCAGUAACCGGUGCCUAUAAUGUUCUGGGCAAGGUGACCAGCUCCGUUGCUGGGGUAGUGGGAGCAAAGGAAGCUGUUGGUUCUGGGUUCGAAUCUAUCAAGCGUGCUGUUGGAAAGACCGGCUUGAUGGGCGGGAUUUUGAAUCCUUUCGGUGACGUUGAGUUCCUAGAUGAGCUGAGGGACCAAUGGACGCACGAUUCUAAGGAUCUCGAACGGACAUAUCUCAUUCGGACUCUACAGGGCAUCGCCAAGCAGAAAGGUAUCCGCAUGACUUUCGUCUCGGGGGCCGUCGGUACAUGCGGUGCAGGAAUAGUCCAUGACCCGACGAGGCCGUCAGACCACAAAACCAUGUAUCAACUCAUCUCUUCGUCCGUUGUUAAUGUCCCGGCACCAUCCUACAUCAUCAAAAUGCUCCACAACAACAAACCCUUAUACAUCCCGGCGAACGGCCACCGUUCCACUCCCUCUGAACCCACCGACACCAAAGAGGACAUGCUGGAGAUCUUCAAGGUGGAUGUCAACGGCCAGCCACGCGACCAUCGCCGGCUCAUGGGUCGCAGAAACUACGUAGCAAUCGUGGCAUAUGACCCUGAGGUUGUGAAUGCCACGUACGGUCCUACCGACAUGGGCCGUGGAGGCGGAAAGCUCAGCCUUGCUGCGGACUUUAUGGUUCAGGGAGAUGGAGCGUACGCAAACGUGGUCAAGUACGGACCUGUUGUUGUGCCUAGUCUGGAAUUCGGCCGGUAAUGAGGACCUCAUCAUAUCAUAGCGUACUUCCUUUUUUUUUCCAGCUAACCCUUUUUUUCCCUACUUCAUCCUGCAUAUCUAUUUCCCCGAUAUACUGUUCUUUUUUCUUUUUCUUGGCAUGUUUGGACUUUUAACAGGCUGGCCCUCCAUUCCGUCUCGGAUAUAAUUCUUUUGUUUUCUUUCUUGAGGAUACUUAUGAAUAGUAUAAACAUACUACUUUUCUCCAUUCAAAUCUUGGUAUAGUUAUUAUCAAUUAUUAGUUACUUAACUAGUACUCUUAACUAAUACUUAUCGGGUAUAAUAAGCAGCAAGCAACGACCACACCCAU